GAAGUCCGCGCCGCGGCGAGUGAGCCGUCUGCCCGAAGUGGACCACCAUUAUCUGGAAACUACAGUCUAUGCUUUGAAGCGCAAAAGAGAAUAAACACUUAAAGACUCUCCCGGGGACCUGAAGGAUGGACUUUUCCAUGAAUGAGAUGCACUGACAGUGGCUGGUGCCUAUAAUCCCAGUUACUACGGAAGCUGAAGCCAGAAGGAUGGAUUACUUGAAGCCAGUAGUUCGAGACCAGCCUUGGCAACACAGCAAGACUCCUCUCAUCUCUAAAAAAGGUGCCGGAGCAGCAGCUUACAAUGAAAAAUCAGAGACAGAUGCUCUUGAAGAAAACUAUAGUUGGCACAUUCCCAUUAACCAUGACCAAUUCAAAAUUCUAAAACCUAAUGAGAGUCAGCUGUGUGAAGUCCUCCAGAGUAAGUUUGGCUGCAUCUCUACCCUGGUGUCUCCAGUUCAGGAAGGCAACAGCAAAUCUCUGCAAGUGUUUAAAAAAAUGCUGGCUCCUGGGCUAGAGUUAUCGGUCUGGAAAGAUGACCUCACCAGACAUGCUGUUGAUGCUGUGGUGAAUGCAGCCAAUGAAGAUCUUCUACAUGGAGGAGGCCUGGCCCUGGCCCUGGUGACAGCUGGUGGACUUGAAAUCCAAGAAGAGAGCAACGAGUUCAUUGCCAGACAUGGUAAAGUACCAACUGGUAAGAUAGCUGUCACAAGAGCAGGGAGGCUUCCCUGCAAAGAGAUCAUCCAUGCUGUUGGCCCUCGGUGGACGCUAUGGGAUACACAGGGAUGUGUUGAAAAGCUGAAGAAGGCCAUUGGAAGUAUUCUGAAUUAUGUCAUCUACGAAAAUACUCACAUUAAGACAGUAGCAAUUCCAGCCCUGAGCUCUGGGAUUUUUCAGUUUCCUCUGAAUUUGUGUACGAAUAUUAUUGUAGAGACUAUCCGGGUUAAUUUGCAAGGGAUGCUGGUGAUGAGUAAUUUGAAAGAAAUUCACCUAGUGAGCAAUGAGGACCCUACUGUUGCUGCCUUUAAAGCUGCUUCAGAACACAUCCUAGGGAAGAGUGAGCUGGGACAAGAAACCACUCCUUCUUUCAAUACAAUGGUUGUGAACAACCUCACCCUCGAGAUUGUCCUGGGCCACAUUGAACAGCAGACGGCAGAAGUAAUUGUUAAUUCUGUAAACCCACGUGAUAUUACAAGUGGACCUGUGGCAAAGUCAAUUCUACAACAAGCAGGAGUUGAAAUGCAAUUGGAGUUCCUUGACACAAGAGCUAAACAGUCACAGUUGCAGUUGGUACUGGACACAAGAGGAUUUAACUUGUCCUGUCGAUAUGUAUACCAUGUACUGUGGUAUUCAGAAUUUGAAAAACAUUUUAACUUAAGACAUGCAAUGAAGACGUGUUUGGAAAAAUGCGUUGAGCAAAAUAUAACAUCCAUUUCCUUUCCUGCCCUUGGGACUGGACACAUGGAAAUAAAGAAGGAAACAGCAGCAGAGAUUUUAUUUGAUGAAGUUUUAACAUUUGCCAAAGACCAUUUAAAACACCAGUUAACUGUAAAGUUUGUGAUCUUACCAACAGACUUAGAGACAUGUAAGGUUUUCAGUGCUGAAAUGGCAAAGAGGUCCAAGAUGCUGAAUUUGAACAGUGUCCCCCAGUCAUCCAGAGAGAAGAAAAGAGAAAAUGGACCUGAAGCUACAUCUCCUGCCAUCAAUCUGAUGGGAUUCAACAUAGAAGAAAUGUGUGAGGCCCAAGCCUGGAUCCAGAGAAUUCUGAGUCUCCAUCACAAUCACAUCAUUGAGAAUAACCAUAUUCUGUACCUUGGGAAAAAGGAGCAUGAUAUUUUGUCUCAGCUUCAGAAAACUUCAAGGGUCACCAUCACAGAAAUGACCAGCCCAGAAAGCACAAAAUUAGAGAUUGCAGGAGCCCAGGCUGACCUCAUUGAAGUGGUUAUGAACAUUGAAGAUAUGCUUUGUAAAGUACAGGAAGAAAUGGCAAGGAAAAAGGAGCAAAGCCUUUGGAACUUCUUAGGACAGUGGACUAAUCAGCAGCAAAAAACCCAAGACAAAAUGAAAGAAAAUAUCUUAUUUCUGAAAUCUCCUGUGCCUUUAACUCAAGAGUUUCUGGAUCAGAAGAAGCAGUUUGAAAAAUGUGGUUUGCAGGUUUUAAAGGUGGAGAAGAUAGACAAUAAAGUUCUUAUGGCUGCCUUUCAACUAAAAAAGAAAAUGAUGGAAGGAAAACCCCACAGGCAACCUGUGAGCCACAGACUGUUUCAGCAAGUCCCACACCAGUUCUGCAAAGUGGUAUGCAGAGUUGGUUUUCAAAGGACGUACUCGGUGCCCUGCGAUCCAAAAUAUGGAGUUGGCAUAUACUUCACCAAGAACCUCAAAAGCCUGGCAGAGAAGGCCAAGAAAACCUCUACUGCAGAUAAGCUGAUCUGUGUAUUCGAGGCUGAAGUACUUACAGGCUCCUUCUGCCAGGGACAUCAGUUAAAUAUUGGUCCCCCACCACUGAGUCCUGGAGCUGUAGAUGGUCAUGACAGUGUGGUUGACAGUGUCUCCAGCCCUGAAACCUUUGUUAUUUUUAGUAGCAUGCAGGCUAUACCCCAGUAUUUGUGGACAUGCACCAAGGGUUAUGUACAGUCACAAGAUUACUCCUCAGGACCAAUGAGAUCCUUUGCACAGUAUCCUUGGAAGGGAUUAACAAGUGGCAGCCCUGUCGAUUAAUCUCCACAUCAUUUUAACAGCUGAUAUGGCCUUACCUUAGGUGAACUAACCAAAUAAUGACCAUCGAUGGCUUACAGAGAGGCUUGAAUAUAGUCCAUGGGUUAUCUGUAUGGACUGACUGGAAUAUUGAAAGGACUAGCCACAUACUAGCAUCUUAGUGCCUUUAUCUGUCUUUAUAUCUUGGGAUUGGGGUAAGUAGAUACCAAAUGAAACACUUUGAGGACCUUCUUUCCUCUUACAGAUGUUCUUUAAUCUCCUUUACUAGUGGAGAUAAAUAUUUUGCAUAUAAUGAAGAACUUUUUCUAGUAUAUAAUCCAAGUCUUUUAUUUUCUAAAAUGAUGAUAGUAUAAAACAUUAGGAUAACAGAAUUAUUUUAGAUUUUCCAGAGAAUAUUAUAAAGUGUUUUAGAUAUGAAAAUAAAUCACCUAUAUCUGAUUAA